AUCCUUUCGCACACACGAGGAGGGUUGAGCUGCUGUCGCUGCGGUCGCGAGUGCCCAGUCUGGAUUGUAGCUGCCGCCCAAGACGCCGAGGAGUGAGUCGUUGGCCUCCGGCUCCUCUGUCUUACCGUCCUCGCUGGGUCAGCGCGGCCUGCUCCUCCCCGGUCGGCCGCCCCCGCCUCCAUUUCCCGCCCUCUCUUCACCACACACACGGCCCCCCCGAUCAUGGAUCCCGGCAGCGGCGGAGGCGGCGGAGGCGGCGGUGGCGGGAGCAGCAGCAGCAGCGACUCUGCGCCCGACUGCUGGGACCAGACGGAUAUGGAGACCCCCGGGCCGGGGCCUUGCGGCGCCGGCUCCAUGGCGGCGGUGGCUGAGACCCAGCGUGAGAACCUCAGUGCGGCCUUCAGCCGGCAACUCAACGUCAACGCCAAGCCCUUCGUCCCCAACGUCCACGCCGCAGAAUUCGUGCCGUCCUUCCUGCGGGGCCCGGCCCAGCCGCCGCCAUCCCUCGCCGGCGCGGCCGGCGGCGACCACGGAGCGAGCAGCAGCGCGGGAGGUCCUUUGGCACCUGUGGAGUCGUCUCAAGAACAGUCAUCAUUGUGUGAAGGUUCAAAUUCAGCUGUUAGCAUGGACCUUUCAGAAACUGUUGUAGAAAAUGGAGAGACAGAAAUGUCCGCAGAAGAAUCAUGGGAGCACAAAGAAGAAAUAAUUGAAGCAGAGCCAGGGGGUGGCUCCUCAGGAGAUGGAAGGCCACCAGAGGAAAGUGCCCAAGAAAUGAUGGAGGAGGAAGAAGAAAUACCAAAACCUAAGUCGGUGGUGGCACCACCAGGUGCUCCUAAGAAAGAACAUGUAAACGUAGUGUUCAUUGGGCAUGUUGAUGCAGGCAAGUCAACCAUUGGAGGACAAAUAAUGUAUUUGACUGGAAUGGUUGACAAAAGGACACUUGAGAAAUACGAACGAGAAGCUAAAGAAAAAAACAGAGAAACUUGGUACUUGUCUUGGGCCUUAGACACAAACCAGGAAGAACGAGACAAGGGGAAAACAGUAGAAGUAGGCCGUGCCUAUUUUGAAACUGAAAAGAAGCAUUUUACAAUUCUAGAUGCUCCUGGCCAUAAGAGUUUUGUCCCAAAUAUGAUUGGUGGUGCCUCUCAAGCUGAUUUGGCUGUACUGGUAAUCUCAGCCAGGAAAGGAGAGUUUGAAACUGGAUUUGAAAAAGGAGGACAGACAAGAGAACAUGCAAUGUUGGCAAAGACAGCAGGUGUCAAACACUUAAUUGUGCUUAUUAAUAAGAUGGAUGAUCCAACAGUAAACUGGAGCAACGAGAGAUAUGAAGAAUGUAAAGAAAAACUAGUACCGUUUUUGAAAAAAGUUGGCUUCAAUCCCAAGAAGGACAUUCAUUUUAUGCCCUGCUCAGGACUGACGGGAGCAAAUCUGAAAGAGCAAUCAGAUUUCUGUCCUUGGUACAUUGGCUUACCAUUUAUUCCAUAUCUGGAUAAUUUGCCAAACUUCAAUAGAUCAGUUGAUGGACCAAUCAGGCUGCCAAUUGUCGAUAAGUACAAGGAUAUGGGGACUGUGGUCCUGGGAAAGCUGGAAUCUGGAUCUAUCUGUAAAGGCCAGCAGCUCGUGAUGAUGCCCAACAAGCACAAUGUGGAAGUUCUUGGAAUACUUUCUGAUGAUGUAGAAACAGAUUCUGUAGCUCCAGGUGAAAACCUCAAAAUCAGACUGAAAGGGAUUGAAGAAGAGGAGAUUCUUCCAGGAUUCAUCCUUUGUGAUCUUAAUAAUCUCUGUCAUUCUGGACGUACAUUUGAUGCCCAGAUAGUGAUCAUAGAGCACAAGUCCAUCAUCUGCCCAGGGUACAAUGCGGUGCUGCAUAUUCAUACCUGUAUCGAGGAGGUCGAGAUAACAGCCUUAAUCUGCUUAGUAGAUAAAAAAUCAGGAGAAAAAAGUAAGACUCGACCUCGUUUUGUGAAACAAGAUCAAGUAUGCAUCGCGCGUUUGAGGACAGCAGGGACCAUCUGUCUGGAGACCUUUAAAGACUUCCCUCAGAUGGGACGCUUUACCUUACGAGAUGAGGGUAAGACCAUUGCAAUUGGAAAAGUUCUGAAACUGGUUCCAGAGAAAGACUAAGCAUUUUCCUGAUGACCCUGCACAAUACUGUGAGGAAUAUUGACUGCAAAAGCCUAUUCACACCGCCUUCUCUUAUUUUCUGCCCAUUGACAAACCUCUCCCCAUAUUUUGCAAAGAAAAUUCACAGCAAAAGUCCACAUUAUGUCAGCUUUCUCAUAUUGAGAGCUCUGCUAUGCCACUGUUGAAUUUUCCCCAAGAUUUUGCCCCCUUUCAAACUUUGCUUCCUUGGACAGAUUUGGCAUUAGCUUUGUAAGUGAUGUGGACAUAAUUGCCUACAAUAAUGAAAACCUACAGGAAUUUUUAUUUUUCAUUUUCCCCUUAGGCAUAGUUAGUCCCCCCCCCCCCCCCAGGCAGAUCAUUCUGAGUGUGCGAGUGUGUGUGCACAUGUUAAAAAGACAACUACCAUGUUAAUAAAAUAUUCAAUUUGAAACCCUUUUCGGUAUUUGAAUUGCUUUGGAAUACUGUUUUUUAUCUCAAUGUAACAUAUGUUGCAUUAGCUUUUUAACUGCCAAGUAAUUGAAUACAUUUUAUUACUUGGAUUUUUCUAAACUUUCCCUACCCACUCACUUUAAAUGGGGCAUUUACAAACACUGUUCAAGUUUGUAUUAAAGGAAAGAAUUUGUUGUUUGA